AUGGCUGCAAACACUUCUGCCAACGCUCCUUCCAUGAUGGGAUCGACCAUUGUCAAAUCUCACGCUGAAAAACUAGAGAAGUUCAAGGGAGAAAACUUCAAAAGAUGGCAACAGAAGAUGAUCUUCUACCCCACCACCUUGAACCUUGCUCACAUCCUAAAGGAGGUAUGCCCAACUACUCCCCUAGAAGCAAUCACUCUUGAAACUGAAGCUGUCAAGCAAGCGUGCUUGCAUUCAAACUUUCUAUGUUGCAACUACAUCCUGAGUUGCUUGGAUGAUACCUUGCAUAAUGUUUACUGCAAUGCUUUUGAUACUUCAAGACAAUUGUGGGAGGCAUUAGACAAGAAGUAUAAGCUGGAAGAUGCUGGUACUAAGAAAUUCCUUGUUAGAAAAUUCUUAGAUUAUAAACUGAUUGAUACCAAGUUGGUAAUCAACCAGUUGGAAGAAUUGCAAAUUAUCACCAGUGAUUUGCAAAGUGAAGAAUUGGUUAUUAAUGAACCAUUUCAAAUUGUUGCUGUGAUUGAGAAAUUGCCUCCUGCUUGGAGAGAAUUCAAAUAUUAUCUCAAACACAAGCGAAAGGAGUUGUCCAUGGAAAAUCUUACUGUGAAACUCCGCAUUGAAGAGGACAACAGAAAGGAGGAUAAAGAGCCACAGAAAUUUGAAGCUAAAGCACAUAUUGUUGAAGCUUCAAGGCGUCAUCCCAAGAAGAACCAAUCCAAGACAAAGAAUUUUGGGCCAAGGAAUGAUGCUAACAAGCGCAUUCGUGCAAUCUGCUGGGUUUGUGGCAAAAGUGGCCAUAUAGCUGCAAACGGUAGACACAAGAAAGGACAAAGCUCCAACAACCAGGCCAACAAUAUGGAAGAUGACAAUUUAAUUUCUGCCAUCUCUGAGGUAAAUAUGGCCUCUGACACCAAAGGUUGGUGGAUUGAUACUGAUGCUACUAAGCACGUCUGUGGGGACAAAUCACUGUUCACCACCUAUGAGAAGCUAGAUGAUAGUGAUAAACUGUACAUGGGAAACGCUUCAACAGCCUCAGUGGAAGGCAGAGGAAAAGUCUUGCUAAAAUUGACUUCUAGAAAUAUACUUACCCUCACUGAUGUGUGA